AUGGAUAGGUGCAAUGCUAACUUAUUCAACCCUACUUAUCUCCUCAAUAUUGCUCACUAUUUGCUCCUUUUCUCAUUGGCCUCUUCAUGUCUACACCUUACUGAGCUUCGUUUGGUUGAUGGAUGCCUCCGGGAAGAGAUGCAAGCACUUCUUAGAUUUAAACAUCAUCUUACCGAUCCCUCCGGUAGGCUCUCUUCUUGGGUUGGCCACGAUUGCUGCCACUGGAAAGGAGUUUCAUGCGACAACCGCAGUCGUCGUGUUAGAAAGAUUGACCUCCGUAACACAUAUGAAGAUCGCUUGUUUGAUGAUUACGCUGAUGAUUAUGGUGAAGAGUGGGACGAGGCAGCUUAUGAAGAGUCUUGCUUGGGAGGUAAGAUAACUUCAUCUUUGCUCAGCUUGAAGCAUUUAAGCCACCUAGACCUGAGUGACAAUAACUUGCAAGGGAUUAGCCUUCUUUGCCAACUUCAAAGUUUGAGAUAUCUCAACAUCUCAUUUGCAUCAUCUGAUGCAGUGAUUCACAAUUGCUUUUUCAAUCUUACCAACCUCAAAAAACUUGAUCUAAGUGGCAUUUCUUUCAGUGGUCAUUUUCCAAGCGAACUCGCAGGCCUCGAAUCUUUGGAACACCUUGAUUUGUCUCAUAAUUAUCUGAAAGGUAAAAUUCCCAAACUCAUUGGAAACUUUUGCAAUCUAAAGUUCUUAAGUCUCGAGGACAACACAUUAGAUGGGGGGAUUCAAGAGCUUUUGAGUGGUUUCUCAAAUUGUACCAAUAAUAGACUAGAGUCACUAGAUUUGUCUAUUAAUGAGUUUGUAACAGAAUUACCUGCCUCCUUAGGAGUGCUAACAAACUUGCAGCAUCUUCACCUUGAAGACAACUCAUUUUGGGGACCAAUACCAACUUCUGUUGGAAACUUGUCAUCCUUGAAAACUCUAAACCUUCGACGUAACAACAUGAAUGGGGCCAUUCCUGAAAGUUUUGGGCAACUUUCUGAGCUAGUUGACCUGGGUUUGUCUCAGAAUUCAUGGAAAGGCAUUGUAACAGAAACACAUUUGAUGAAUCUCACUAGAUUGCGACAUCUCGAUGUGUCCACAGACCAACCUAUGUCACUAAUUUUCAGUGUGGCUUAUGAAUGGGUUCCUCCUUUCAAGCUCUACACAAUUGACAUUACCAAUUGUAGUGUUGGUCCUGCUUUUUCUGUAUGGCUUCAAUGGCAGACCGAACUAUCUGAUGUCACCCUUCACAACACUGGAGUCUCAGACUCUAUACCAGAAGAAUGCCUCUCUUUGCAACAUGCAAAACUUGUCAAUGCUCUCCCUAAGGAGGAACCAGUUAAGUGGAGACUUCCCUCAAGCAUGGAGUCUGUGGCACAAUAUAAGGGUAGUAGAUGUGGCAGACAAUAA